AUGUCCAAGCCCGAUAACCUCCCCGAGAUGGAGUACCGCUUCCUGGGCCGGUCCGGGCUGCAGGUAUCGGCCAUCUCGCUCGGCGGCUGGCUGACUUACGGCGGCCAUGUCGACCGCGAGGGCACGUACGCCUGCAUGAAAGCGGCCUACGACUCUGGCGUUAACUUUUUCGACUGCGCCGAGGAAUACUCGGCCGGCGAGUCAGAGAAGGUCAUUGGCGAGGCUAUCAAGAAGUACGGCUGGCAGCGAAACGAUAUUGUCGUUUCCACCAAGCUCUACUGGGGUGAUGCCUUCAGCAAGACCAAGGUCAACAACCGCGGCCUAUCUCGCAAGCAUGUCAUCGAGGGCAUGAACCAGUCGCUCGAGAGGCUGCAGCUCGAGUAUGUCGACCUAAUCUAUGCCCAUCGCCCGGACCGCCACACUCCCAUGGAGGAGACGGUGCGCGCGUUCAACCACCUGAUCAACACCGGCAAGGCGUUGUACUGGGGCACCUCGGAGUGGAACGCCGAUGAGAUUGCGCAGGCGUGGCGGUACGCCGACAAGCUGGGCCUGAUCGGGCCAGUCAUGGAGCAACCGCGUUACAACAUGCUGGAGCGUGUCCAGGUCGAGCGCGAGUACGCACACUUGUACCGUGAGGUCGGGCUCGGCCUGACCGUUUUCUCGCCUCUGCGGCAGGGCAUCCUGUCGGGCAAGUACAAGAACGGGAUUCCGGAUGGGUCGCGGUUCGCGCAGUCACAGAUCGAGUUCAUCGCCGGUUUCUGGCAGAGGACAGGCAAGGCCGAGUUCCAAGCCAUGGCCGACACUGUGGCCAAACUCGAGCCCAUCGCCGAGCGUCUCGGCGUCAAGCAGAGCGUACUUGCCCUCGCUUGGGUCCUCGCCAACCCCAAUGUCAGCUCCGCCAUCACCGGCGCCAGCAGCGUGGAACAGAUCUACGAGAACAUUGAGGCCGUGCGGGCGUAUAAGAAGCUGACGCCUGAGAUCCUGGCCGAGAUUGACGAGAUCCUCAACAACAAGCCGCCGACGGUGGUACAGAGCCCGAUUGUCGUCGAUAAUUGGGUCCGGAUUUCGAACACAAUGGCUCACUCGGCCACAGCAACAACGAACGGGGUCGCAAAGAGGAGGGAUCAUGAGACGAGCAAGGUCAAUGGAAACGGGAUCGAGAAGGGGAGCAGUGCCAGCAAUGGGAACGCGGUAGAGGACGAUGCGAGCUACCGGGACUUCUUCUGGACCUACACUGAGGAACCACACCGGACGAGGCGGUUGGCUAUUAUCAAGGCUCAUCCUGAGGUCACGAAGCUUUGCGGCCCCGAGCCUUUAACCAAAUACGUCGUCGCCGGCGUUGUCGGCCUUCAGGUGCUACUCGCUCACCUUUUACGCGAUACCUCGUUCUGGUCUUGGAAGUUCUGGGCCGUCGCCUAUGUCUUCGGCGCCACCUCGAACCAGAACUUGUUCCUCGCGAUCCACGAGAUCUCCCACAACCUGGCCUUCCGCUCGCCCAUGGCCAACCGCCUGCUCGCCAUCUUCGCCAACCUCCCCAUUGGCGUGCCAUACAGUGCUUCGUUCCGGCCCUACCACCUCACCCACCACAAGUCCCUCGGCGUCGACGGGCUCGACACCGACCUCCCCACUGCCUUCGAAGCCGUCUUCCUCGACUCCAUCCUCGGCAAAGCCUUCUUCUGCACCUUCCAAAUCUUCUUCUACGCCCUCCGACCCAUGACCAUCUACCGCGUGCCCUUCACCGGCAUCCACUGGCUCAACCUCACGGUCCAGCUCGCCUUCGACUACCUCGUCGUCUUCCUUCUCCCGGGCUACUUCUCCGUCAACUCGCUCCUCUACUUCCUCCUUUCCUCCUUCCUCGCCGGCUCGCUGCACCCGACCGCGGGCCACUUCAUCGCCGAGCACUACGUCUACGAGAAGAUCGAGCCCGAGGCCCGGCAGCCAGGCAACAACAUUCCCAUCCCGGAGACCUUCAGCUACUACGGCCCCUUGAACCUCUUCACCUACAACGUCGGCUUGCACAACGAACACCACGACUUCCCCGCCAUCCCCUGGACCCGUCUGCCUGCGCUGCGGGAAAUGGCCAAGGAGUUCUACGCCGACCUGCCCCGCCACGAGAGCUGGGUGUAUGUGCUGUGGCGGUUUAUCUUUGACGAGCAGGUCGGGAUGAGGUGCCGGGUUAAGAGGAAGCAGGGCGGGCGAGUCGUGGGUGGGGGGAAUGCCACGACGAAAGCGAAAACGGCGGAUUGGAAGGAGGAUGAGAUUGAAGCUUGA